AUGGUCUCUCGGAAGCGAAGCGUAGGAGGUCGAAUUCGUAACGGCGGGAGGGAGGGACAUCUGCGUGAGCGGAAAGGAAAGGGGAGAUUGUUCCCAGCCGGAAAAUCUCCUUUGCAAGAUCGAAGCUUGCAUCACAACUGCAAGUUGACCGAGUUUGGGCAACUGAAGCACUCUGUAGGAGAAGAAGUUUUCAAUGACGUUAUGAGUACAUCUCAAGUGGGAAUUAUUCUGAAGCUUGCCUCAAGGAGUUACAUGUGGUGUGCGAAGACAUGUCAUAACCUCCUAACACAUCAAUUGGCUAUUGAGUCGAGUAAUGAGAUAUGGUCACUAUUUGGAGAUGGGGAAGGACCUUCUUGGCAUGAGUUGAACGGAGCGCUUGGCAGAUGCAGCACUUGGACGUACGAGCAGAAGAGAAUGCUUGCGCUGCUGUUUGUUGUGCACAUUGGAAUAUAUGGCAUUUCUCGGUCUAGUAGGAUUUCUUUUAAGCAUGCUAAAAGGGUUCUUGUUCCGGAGUCAUUUGAGAGUUAUCCUUGGGGCAGAGUGGGAUUUAAGGAGUUGAUGGAGUCCAUAAAAGUAGCUAAACUUGAUGGGAAGACGUACGUCGUACACGGAUGUGUACAUGCGCUGUUGAUAUGGGCAUACGAGGCUAUUCCAAUAAUAGGUGAGAAAUUUGGUAAGAGACGAGGAAACAUUGAAAUCCCAUUACUUCGGUGGGAAUCAUGUCGCAACAGAUACAAUCUGGAAGCAUUAGUGGAAGAAGAGAAGAAAAAAACCGGUCUGGAUAAGGUUCGAGUUAGGCAGUUAGUGUUGAAACCUCUGGAAGAGAUAUAUCCCGUUUGGGCAGGCGAAGAGGCAGGAGGUGAUAUCAAGCUUGAUAACAUGAUUCGUGAUAUUGUUGGAGGGUGUCUGGAUGAAAGUUGCUGGGAAACAGAAGAGCAACUGUUGAACAAAAAGAAGAGGAAGAAAAAGUUAGAAGUGGUGGUAGAUAGUGAUGAUGAUUUGGUAGAGAAACCUUUGCGAAAGAUUUCAAGUACGAAGAAGGAAGAGCAGAAGACGAAAAAGAUGGAGCCGAGAGACUAUAGUGAUUCUGAAUCUCAGAAAAAAACGGAAGAUGGGUUAGGUUGGGAUGGAAGAGAUAUAAGAAAACCAUCCGAAGGCCUUGCUGAUGAAGCACUAGCGAAUGUGCUUAACACUAUUCUUGAGAACUUGCUGAGCUGGGAAGGAAUCGUGGUUGCAACAGAGGUUGAAACAUCGCAGGAAGGGAUUACUAUAACCAGAACCAUAAGGAACCCGGCAUACGAUUAUAAGAAACCCACGCGAAGGAAGCUGGAACUGAACGAUCCCAUUGAAAAGUUAGGAGGUGAUCGCCCGGCGGGGAAGACGCCGUUUAUAAUUCCACAACUAAGUGAUGGAGAAGACGAUGAAUUUCUGAUGAAAGCAUUUGCGGCCAACGCACAACAGCUGGGAAGGCAGGGAAAACAGGACAAAGCAAAGGUGAGGCCUACGCCUUCGCCAGACAUCCUUUUGUCACCGAAACAAUCUCGUCCUAGAUCUGCCGUGAAGGAGGAAGCGGUGAGGCCUACGCCUUCGCCAGACAUCCUUUUGUCACCGAAACAAUCUCGUCCUAGAUCUGCCGUGAAGGAGAAAAGGAAAGCCGGAAUCAAUCCUCAGGCGACGUAUGAUCCUUUAGAGAAGGUCGAUAGAAAGAAGAAAGUUGCGCUCCUCGAAUAUGUGAAGACAUAUUUGGAUAACCCUAUCGAAAGUAGCAGGCCUGUGGCAGAUUUCUACCUAACCUUAAUGACACCCAAACAACAGUGGGCUGUAGAUGAAUACGGGUGGCUUUCCGAUUUGCAUAUGGUCGCGGGUAUGAACAUGUUCCGCCAAAGAGUACAAAAUAAGUAUCUCGGCCACGAGAAGACGUUUGAAUUCUCUAUUGGGCACGAGAACCAUUACAACGGUAUUGCCCCAGACUGUGCCGUAACCAACAAGAAAUGGGUUAAAGAUGUUGACACUUUGUACAUCGCCCAUAAUAUUCUCAAUACUCAUUGGGUGGCAGUUGAGGUUGAUUUGCUAAUUAAGAGGGUAAAAGUUUAUGAUUCCAUCUACUCGGCAUUUGAUGUGGAUGUCGUAAAAGAGUCUGUGAAGCCGUAUAUGAAGCUGGUUCCGCUGCUUUUGAGACACGUCGCACCAAAAGAGGAGAAGCAACAAAUGGGCGGGAUUGCCUACAACUUCUACCUGGUAAAGGGUCUUCCGCAGAAUGAUCAAACCGGGGACUGCGGUGUAUACACCCUGAAGGCCAUCGAGUGUUUAGCUCUUGGACGGACUCUGACCGGCAUCGACGACACGAAUGUGGGUGACAUCCGUAUCAAGUACGCUGCUGAGAUGAUGGCUGAGGUGGACUUGUCUGACUUCCUGCUACCGAUAAUCCCAGAGACAAGCCCGUACCCAAAGACAAGCCCGUGCCGCGUGGUACAUCUGAUGACGCUUCGCAGGGGCUGGAGACGGAUUCGUUGGAUUCGUUGUAGUAGUGAAACCAUCGUUUAG